AGCGCCGGGCGGCGCGGCUCGGGGCGGAGGCGCUCGCACCAGGGCCGCGGCUCCCGCUCCCGCCCGGAUCCUGGCGCGCCGGCGCUCCAGAGUGCAGCUCGGCUUGGUCACCGAGGAGCAGCUUUUCGCCGCGGGGCCGCUCUGGCUCCCCUAUCCGAAGUCGCUGCGGCUGGAGGUGCACCCGGCGGGGGAAGAGGCGGAUGCGACGGGGACCGCCGAGUUCCGUGCAUUUUCAAAUACCUUGAGAAGAUACCAGUGUGAGAAAGAGGAACACUCAGUGUUCAGCCAGCGGACAGAAGAGGUGUCGGCCGCACAGUACUUCCAGCCCACAGACUGUAGUCCACCAGGCUCAUGGUCAUUCCUGAUUUCCAAAGGGCAAAGGAUGCAGUUCUGCCAUGUGCCAUAAGGAGAACCAGAAAUAUCUGGUUGUUUUGGAUGUUGGUUGUGGAUCAGGAAUACUGUCAUUUUUUGCUGUAUAGGCUGGAGCUCGUAGAGUCUAUGCAGUUGAGGCCAGUUCAGCACUAUAUGCUGAGGUACCAGCGAUGCUGCUUCGGGGUCAGCCUGUCCAGUCUCCAGGGUGCCGCGGUGGAGGUAUACUUCAGCCAGCCAGUAGUGAUGGCGCAGUCUGGCCUCAUCCACGGCCUGGCCUUCUGGUUUGACGUGGCCUUUGCUGGGUCUCGGGUAAGGGUUUGGCUGUCAACAGCCCCCACUGAGCCUCUGACUCACUGGUAUCAGGCGUGGUGUCUUCUUCAGACUCCUCUUUUGGACAAGGAAGGAGAGACCCUCUCAGGGAGAGUGCUGUUUGUCGCCAAUAAGCAACAGAGCUAUGACAUUCAGAUCAUGGCGCUGGUACACCAGAUGGGCUUCAGGUCUGGGAACACCCUCAGUUUAAAGAAUCCUUUCUUUAGCUCCGAUUUGCUAUUGCAUCAACGAGAAGCAGCCCAAGGGUGUGUGUGUGUUGCAUGUGAAUACGGAGGAGAAUUAAAAUGAAUGGCAUUACCUGGAGGAUUGAUAGGUUUGCUUAGAAGAUAGUGACAAGCCAAGCCAUAAUGGUUUGGGAACCAGCAUUUUCCUAGCUGUCGAUGACUCAGAAAUGGACUUAACUGAUGAUAACUGCAUGUCCAGGAGGGUUGGUGCUCAUAAUUGUCGAUGUCUCAGAGGCUGAACUGCACACUCUAUCAAUAUAAAUUGUGAGAGAAUUCAGCUUGAUGAAUGCUGAGCAAAAUCGUGAUUUGUCACAUCUGGUCACUUUGAUGGGCCAAUCAUGAAAAAAUAUUUUCUUUAUGGUCCUUUUCCCCAGAGUCCUGGAGAACUGAGUUGAACACAUUUUUGUGUUUCUACACCCUACCCUCUUUCCAUUGGCCUAUGGGGUUCCCUUGCAUACAGUAGGUGCUCAAUACAUGUUUACCAAAUGAAAAGUCUCUUUCUUAGAGCAUGAUGAGGCUCCACUGCUGAACGCAUUCAGUGGGCUUUGUAUCCCAUGAACUCCCCUUGUGUGAAGCCACUGUCCUGAUGGGAGCUGAGCUGUUGAAAAGACUGAUUCUGCCCCCACCCCGGGGAUGAGCGGUCAAUGUAUGGGAAGAUGUGAGGGUUGAGGGCAUCCCUAAGGUGUAAUGAGUCUGAGUACACACCUGUGUCUGAGGCAUCAUGACUUUAUUCAAGGACUGGGGGGUCCCCAGCAGGGCAUCCUUCUCACCAGGAGCCAGCAUUCAGAAUUCUUCCUUCUCCAACAGUUCUAUUCUCAAGAUUCCCCUCCCUCCAUAACUCAUCCAUCUGACUACAGUUGUCCCCAAAAGCCUCAGGUGAAAAUGGGCCAGACACAAGGCAGAGGGUGAGCACUCCAAAAUGAAGACCAGGAUGGAUGGGAGAACGGAACAAGAAGGGGAACGUUGCCAAGAAGCCCAGCAGGGAAGUCCUUUGAAAGUGACAAGCCUGUGAAAUGCCUUUGAGUCCUUGCACACUGAUCGAGAAGUUCCAGUUCCGCUUGGGACUUGGGGAAUUGGUGCCGUCCAAGUGCAUGCAAGUAACAGGAGACACCUGUCUGGAGUUCAGAAGCAAGACCUGAGAGAGAAGUGGCGGAGUGUGUCAGCAUCGGUGGAGCCAUCCCUCUUUUCAGGCUUAUUCAUCAGCUUGGCAGCUCCAACAGUGUCUCCUCGUGGACUCCACCUGUGGCACAGGCGCCCUGCAGCCUUCUCUGCUCAGCACUCCAUACAGGACCCCUGGUCUCCUAAAGUCUCAGUCAGCCCUUCCCACACGCAUUAUUCUGGAUUCCUUCAGAGGAUGACGGAUUCCUGAUGGCCAUAUUUUAGAUGCAGGUGACUCCCUAUCAGCCAGCUCUGAGACCUUGUUAUUGAACUCCUUUGAUUCUUGAGUUUCUUAACUUUAAGAAAGGAAUGAGUACUUAAUGUUACAUUGUGGGUGUAAGUAAGAAUGUCAGUUAAAUGUCCAACAUGGUGCCCACCCCAUAUCACAUCAGCUCAAAAUUUGUAGCUUUUAUCAGUCUGCGGUGGAAAACUGAAAAAUCUGUGUCCUGGAGUAGAUAAACAGAGGAAAGGUGGGCAGCUGAGGGAGAGAGAAGCCAUGGGGAUAAGAGAGCAAUAAAAGGCACUGUCAUGGAAGUCAAAAAUAGAAGGCGUUUUCUGAGAGUCCUGCCUCCUAAUGGACAUUCAAGAGUCACUGUCUUGUAUUUGGCAAAGAGAUGCAGGGGGUUUUCAAGACUUGUUUCUGUGAAGCAGUAGGGGAUACAGACAGAUGACAGAGAAACAGAGCCAGGUCUUAAGAAAAUACAAGUAGUACUGAGGGCUCUUUAUGAAGUGUGGCAGGAAAAGAAAUCAGAGGAGGCAGCAGUCCAAUAGCAGUGGGUUUUGUCAAGUGUAAGAUUGAUAAAUACUGAGUAUUUAUUGGGGGCUGAGAGAGCAACUGAGUGAGUGAAGAUGCUUGCGGUUUGAUUAAAUGUGUUUGAUGAUUUUGGCAUUGUUUAGUCUGUGGCAUUAUAUGCCUUUUUGGUACUACUGGUGGGAGAAAACUUGCAAGGAUUACACAGUAUUUUUAACCCUGUUUAUCUUUACUAAGUGCAUUCGGUAAAAAAAAAAUCCUUUCUGCCCCAAUUAAUCUGGAUGGGGCCCUAGAGUCUCUACUUUUAGCAGACUUCCCAGGGACUUUCCAGGUGGUCCAGUGGUUGAUUUAAGAUGUCCUUACAGUGUAGAGGGCAUGUGUUUGAUCCUUGGCCUGGGAACUAGGAUUCCACAUGCUGCACAGCAUGGCCAAAAAAAAACCCCACAAGCUCCCUGUUGGCACUGCUGUUUGUAUUGCUGGGCAUCGGUUCAAUGAGCCACUCUUUGGGUAACAAAACCAUCAACAUGUCUAACUCUGGUUUGCCCGCACCCAUCACUAUGACAUUUUGGAGGGAUACCUGAGGCAUUCUUGGUAUCUGUUUGGUUCUAGCAUUGGCCCCCUCUCCUUCACCUGCCCCCGACACUACCAGCCCUCUCCAGGAAAAUGCAAUAAAUAAAUACUCAGUAAUAACAGUUGCUUAGAAUCUUGAAUUCACAGCUUCAAGGUAUUUUCCCUCAACUGGCUUUGAGAGGAGGGGGAAACGAUUUUUCUUCAUUUUUGGAUUGCAGAACUCUUUUUAUUUUUUUUAAUCUUCAGGGUUUGGCACAAACCCACUUUUGUUGAUCUGGUAUUUCCUCUAUGGAUCAACUUUCUGGCUCUGGAAAAAGCCUCCUUCUUUUAUGAGGCACUUUUAACCUGCAGGAUUUCCAUUUAGCUUAAUUGGCAUAUUUAUGUAUUGAGAUGGGUGCCUAGAGGGCUCGGGCCACAGCAUCUUUUGUAUAAAUCGAAAAAAAUGAAAUGAGCUGCUCUCACAGUUUUGUGCCCUUCAGUCAUGGAGUGCGAUAAAAGCCUCAUCAGUUACCAGCCGCGGAAACUCAGGAACAUCAAUAGGCAUCAUGCAACCAGGAGUCAUUCAGGAGAGCAAAACUCAGGGUUUUCAAAGCCCACUGAUUUCAGGAGCUUGGCCAUUGCCGAUUCCGUGUUCAGUCCUUCCCGGCCCUCCGUUCUGUCUCUGGGUGAAGGAAUAGCCUUCUCCACUCCUGCUCAAUAGUCUCCUCAGGUGAAGCUGGAGAGUCUUCUUCUGAGGAUCGGACAGUUUGUAAAGAGUGACCCCACCAGCCCCUCUGCGGAUGACGAGCCUGGCUGUAGACUGUUGCGCUUCUAGCCCCUUCUAGAGCCUGGCAUGCUUUGAAGGCAUGAGUGGGAAUGGAUUCUUAUUCGUUUAAUAUAGCUACGGUUAAUGGCUUAUAGAUUUUUAGAGUCUGGCCUCUCCAGGCAUGUCUGUUAAGUUUCUAUUAAGAUUGUCAGAGACUGGAGAAGAUCAAAGGGCCUGGGACACAGGCGUGGCUUUCCUCCAAGCCAGACCGAGAAGUGUCUCCUUAACAAGAAUCCUUCUGACCUUCUAAAGACUUGAGAAAGAAAGAGGGAACUUUUGGUGGAUCCUGGAAGAAGUUGACCUCUGGGCUAAAGAAGGCAUGCUUCAUAGGAGGGACAGGUGAUACCAGAAGAGCACCAAUGCCCUGCUUAGAUGCGUUCCUAAAAAUAGAUGUAGCUGAAGCAGUUGUCCUUGGAGGUUGUAUCUCCUGCCACGAUGGCCAGAGUGGGCUGUUUGGUGGUCCUGGACACCAGUGAAUGUGACCUUAUUUGGGAAAGUGGGGCUUUUUUAAAUUGAAAAAAAAAUUAUUGAAGUAUACU